AGCCCGGGCCAGACCAGUCAGGGGGCGUCGUGAUGCUGCUGCGCCUGCUGCUGGCCUGGGCGGCCGCAGUGCCCACACUGGGCCAGGCCUCCUGGCCCACUGAGCCCCAUGCUACCUGUGGCCCCAACAGCUGCUACGUUCUCUACCCCGAAUCCCGAACCUUCCUAGAAGCCUGGCGGGCCUGCCGUGAACUGGGGGGCAACCUGGCCACACCAAGAACACCCGAGGAGGCCCGGCGUGUGGACAGCCUGCUGGGCGCCGGCCCAAAAGACAAGCUGCUGUGGAUCGGACUGCAGCGACAGGCACGGCAAUGCCAGCUGCAGCGCCCACUUCGUGGCUUUACAUGGACCACGGGAGACCAGGACACAGCUUUCACCAAUUGGGCCCAGCAAGCCAUGGGAGGGUCCUGCAUGGCCCAGCGCUGUGCAGCCCUGGAGGCCAGUUAUGCCCACCGCUGGCAUGAAGGCUCCUGCACACUGCCUAUCGACGGUUACCUGUGCCAGUUUGGCUUCGAGGGCGCCUGCCCAGCGCUGCCGGAUGAGGCCGGCCAGGCCAGCCCUACCGUCUACACCACGCCCUUUCACCUGGUCUCUACAGAAUUCGAGUGGCUGCCCUUCGGCUCUGUGGCUGCUGUGCAGUGCCAGUUUGGCAGGGGAGCCUCUCUGCUCUGCGUGAAGCAGCCUGAAGGAGGUGUGGGCUGGUCCCAGGCGGGGCCCUUGUGCCCGGGGAUGAGCUGUGGCCCGGACAACGGGGGCUGUGAACACGAGUGCAUGGAGGACAUGAAUGGUCAGGUGUCUUGCCACUGCACUGAGGGUUUCCGGUUGGCAGCAGAUGGGCACAGCUGUGAGGACCCGUGUGCCCAGGCCCCAUGUGAACAUCACUGUGAGCCUGGCGGGCCACAAGGGUACAGCUGCCACUGUCUCCUGGGCUUCCGGCCAGCAGAGGAAGAGCCACACCGCUGCGUGGACAUAGAUGAGUGCCAGAUUGCCGGUGUGUGCCAGCAGAUGUGUGUCAACUACGCUGGUGGCUUUGAGUGCUAUUGCAGUGAGGGGCUUGAGCUCCAGGAAGAUGGCAGCAACUGUAUCCCCACAGGUGCUAUGGGUGCCCCGGCUUCCCGGGACCUUGGAGAUGAGUCGGACAAAGGGGAGGAAGAGGAAGAGAAGGCAGAGGAGGUGGAGGAGGUGGUGGAAGAUGUGGAGGCAGCAGAGGGCCCUGAAGGUGGCUUGACAGAGGACACUGGGGUCUUGUCACGAGACUUUGGCCUUUCUUAUAGACCCAGCUUCCCAGGAGAGCGAGAGCUGAGAAGACCCCAUCUGAAGCCCACCUGGCCAGCCCAGCCCAAUGCCCCCAGGGUCCCCUACCACUCUUCAGUGAUCUCCAACACUCAGCCUGUGGUAGUCUCGGCCACGCGCCCCACACUGCUUUCUGUCCGCCAGACUCCUGUUAUCUCUGCUACACACCCACCCCUGAACCCUGCCCACAGAGUCCCUGUGAUCUCUGCACUGCGUCCCACACUGCCUUCUGCUCACCAGAUCCCCCCACAUCCACCCCUGAGCCCUGCCCAUAGACCUCCUGUGAUCUCUGCCAUGCACCCUGCUCUGUCUCCUGACCACCAGAUCCCUAUUAUUUCUGCUACACACCCAUCCCUGGGCCCUGCCCAUCGGCACCCCAUGAUCCCUGCCAUGUACCCUGCUGCGCUUCCUGACUACCAGCCCCCCAUGAUCUCAAACAACUAUCCACAUCUGCCUUCUGCCCACCAGCCCCAACUUAUCUCUGUCGCCCCUCCAGCACAGCCCCCUGCCCACCAGCCCCCUAUUACCUCAGCCAAAUAUCCCCAGUUCUUUCCUACCCACCUAUCUCACAGGUUUCCAGAUCCUCAGGGGGCUGACACCCAGCUUACCACUCACCUGUCUGAAAUUCCAGCUAACCCUGCCCCCCUGGACACCACCCCAAGUGCCCAUCAAGCCCCUCUGUUCAUAGAUGUCACAGGUGUCAGGGCCCAAGCCUCCCAGCAGUCUUUUACCCCAACUGUCCAGCCCACUCUGCCCACUACCUCUGGGUCACCUGGGACCCCUGCCCACCAGACCCCUGUGCCUGCUGCCACCCAGCUCCCAGCCCUCCCUACUCCUUUGCCCCCUCAAAGCCCAGUUAACCAGACUUCACGCAUCAGCCCUACACAUCCCCAUUUCAUAGCUCCCCAACUCCCGAGGGAAGAUGGCCCCACUUCUAAGUUGGUCCCCACAGCAGUUCCAACAGCUCUGGCAGAAGCUGGUCUUGCAGGUCAAAGUCAGAGGGAUGAUCGGUGGUUGCUGGUGGCACUCCUGGUGCCAACAUGUGUCUUCCUGGUGGUCCUGCUUGCACUGGGCAUCGUGUACUGCACCCGCUGUGGCCCCCAUGCGCCCAACAAGCGCAUUACUGACUGCUAUCGCUGGGUCAUCCAUGCUGGGAGUAAAGGCCAAACAGAACCCAUGCCCCCCAGGGGCAGCUUCACAGGGGUACAGACCUGCAGAACCAGUGUGUGACAGGGCAUAGAUGCCCCCUGCGGGUAGGGGGAAGGGACGUGACUGGACACAUGGCUGAGGCUGCACCAGGGACCCAUGGGGGCUGCCCAGCUGGACAGAGGACACACCAAGCCCCCCCCCAGGACCUCAGGGGGUGGGUGCUGGGGUCUUCUCAAAUAAAUGGGGUGCCAACCUCA